AUGGCUCAACUCCGAUCAGGAGAGAUUGUCUACAAGAGUAAACUAAGAGAAGAAGUUCCCAAAUGCAGCAAGCAUCCAGAGCAGAAUCUCAAUGUCUACUGCAACACCUGCGAGCAGUUGCUGUGUACAUCAUGCACUUUGUUAGAACAUAGAAAUCCAAAACACAGCCUCAUUAGCUUACCUGAGGCUGCGGAAAAAUGCAAAGAUCAAGUUGCUAAGCUGGUGGCUGCAGUUGACAAGAAAAUGUCAGCUGUGAGUUCUGCCAUAAAAGAUACAAAUGAGUCCCACGAGACAUUAGAUGUCACAUAUGCAACCACCAGAGACAGAAUCUCCAAAAAAGCUGCCAAGGAAGUUGCCCGUAUCAAGCAGCAGGAGCAAGAACUUCUACAAGACUUGGAAAAAAACUACAACUUUCGAAUUAAGACGUUUGAGAAAGCAGAGGUCAACAACAGCAAAAUGGUGGCCCAGGCACAGCACACUCUGGGGGUGGUGAACCAACUCAUGACUCAAGAAAGGUAUUGCGACAUUCUCAGUCUUCGUCAGAAUGUUGUGGGUAAUCUUCAAGAUCUCAUGAGAGAAAAGCUAGAGACAGUGUCUGACAAACUGGCCAUGCUGGACUUUAAUGAAGCCGAGGAAUGUUUCCUUGGGUGUUUGGUGCUGGAUAACAAGCCAGAAAUGGUUGUUAGAAUGAGUACAACAAAGAGGUGGAAACUGAGAAUAGAAAAGCCAAGGUUUAAUUCAGAGGAAUUCUUCAAUGGGGUAUCUGGCGUUGCAGCUUUCUCAAACAAUGAAAUAGUUGUGGUAGACCAAAGGAGGGAAAAGUUGAUUUCCUUCCCACUCGAUGCCCCAAGCACAGAGCAGGACAUCCCGUGUCUUGUUCGUCCAUGGCGCGUUGCAGUAAACAAGGACAAUCAGCUCAUUGUCUUGGAUCAAGGCAAUGUCAAGGUCCUGGAUCAGAAAUAUCAGCUGCUGUGUCAGUUCAAACCUGGUGGAGAUGAUUUAAUUUUCCCAACUUGUCUUGCUGUCGAUAACAACAAUCUGAUAGCAGUGGGUUUUCAGCGUGACAAAAUAGCCCUGCACAAUCCAGACGGAUAUAUAAUCAGAAUACUGCCAGCACCAAAGAUGGAGCGGUCUAUAGCCAUCAGCAAUCAGCGUGUCAUCUACACCAGUUCAGAGGGGCUGCAAGCAGUGGACUACAAUGGCACCCGCAUUCCAGCUAUUGACGACACUGACAUUGGCAACCCAUCACAAGUGUGUUGCGACAGCGAAGGCGGAAUCUUUGUGGCUGUCACCAAGGACCUACACUCAAGUCAGGUUCACUAUUACAGUCCAAAAGGCAAGUACCAGGGAUGUGUGAUCAAGAAAUGCCAAACUCCAGAUGGGAUGAUACUCACAAAAGACAAUGACCUCAUCCUGUUUGGAGAGAAAGCUGUACAAAUCUACUCCGGUGUCACCAAGACAAAACACAUUACAACAUUUUCAGGGGAGAAUUCAUCAAAACAAUAUGUUGUUUAUUCAGUCCCUCCGUGUACAUUUAGAAGCAACGACACUGAUAUCGCUGAUGAUGAGUGUGCAGAUGAUACAAUGGGCGCAUAUUGGGCAGAGUUGUAA